UCUACCCUCCACCUCCAGUUAUGGGUAGCCCAUUGCUGCACUUGAGGCUGUCAUUCGAUGAAGGAGACUUGUUAUUGUCCACAACCGAGAGAUGUUCCUGCCACCGAUUCCCAGAGCUUGGACUCUUCAGAGCGUGAGGGCGAGGCGGAGUCCGAGCAGAGCUCCCUGUUUUCGGGGCUGCUGCUGCUGCUGCUGCCGCUGGGAGGAGACGGAACAGUCAAUGGGACCGCAGCCCCUCAAGCGCGCACCUCCUCUGUGCGGAGACGCGCACUCUCAUUUGAGAAUGGGGGCUCACCAGACGUGCACAUAGGCUCCUCUUUGCUCUCUCCAAUCGUAGCGAGCUGGCGACGCACCUCCCAUCUACCACCACCCGCUCCACGCAUCUUCCACCCGCCGAGCUCGUGCAUGAGCGCGGUGCCGUGCUUUAAGUGCCAGUCUGUACCGUGCCAGGGUCCAGUAGAAGGUGGACUCAAAGGAUAUGGCUAAUAUUCAUUAAUGGCUGUGUAUGUGUUUCGUUCACAGGGUCAUGGAUCAGUGCUUGUCCUAGGCAGGGCUAGUUCCGUCUCUGUAAGGCAGUAGUAAUGUUCAAAGUCACCUGUUCGUCGUGUUAGAUUGAACUUGUCAGUGUAAAGUAUACCAAGAUAAUAAAGGGGGGUCAACACAGUUUGAUCAAAGCGUGCGAAAUCAAAGUGAACGAUUAAGCGGAUCACUUCGUUUCAGGACCAUGGUCAGCGUUUGUUAACUCAGACGCUAAGAAUGAUCGCUAUGGAUUUAAAAAAAAAACCAUAAUCGUGACUUACUUUAACACAUCCAACUGAAAUGUCCUGUAUUUUAAUAUAUUUUUUAUAUUUCAUUUAACAGUUAUCAUCUGGGCAUAUAUUUUGGAUGCAAACUAUCUUAAAAGAAAAACAUUUUAUGUGUGUGCUUUAUAACUAGUUAUUUAAUUUUAUGAGGAUCAACAAAUAGUCUAGCCUAAAGGGCAGCCCGGGUAUCUGUAAUAUUUUUCAUGAAUGUGAUAAUUUCAUUGGAUUUAAGAUUAAAUGCUUAAAAGUUAGGCUGCAUUAUGGUUGGAUGGCUGGGAAAAUGUAAAAAGAAAUCAAAGCGCUUUGAGUCAGUACUGUUAAUGGCGUUAAAUUUACUAUUCAUGACUAAAGGAAGGGUGACCUCCGUGAAAUGACUUAAUUGAUAGGCUACGGUUUACCUGAACGUAAAUGGACUCAAAUCAAUUAUAUUUUUAAAUCCCAACCGAAAAGGGCUUUUAUUUUGACACAUUUGUAAAUGACGUUCACGUGACGUAUAAAAAUCAAGUCAGAUGUCUGUUUUUCCCAUGUUUUUUCCUGUAGUGCUACCACCACCACCACCUGCAGGAUCUUUGUAGGUAGCAGCUGCUGCUGAUCGGGGAGAAUCAUAUCAGUAUUGCCAUGUUGCCAGUGAUCGCGGUCCAUGGAGGGGCCGGGCACAUUCCUAAAGAGCGGGCUGAGGUGUCCUGUGCAGGUGUGAGGGAGGCAGCCAGGGGGGGCUAUAGCGUCCUCAGGGCCGGUGGCAGUGCCAUGGACGCUGUGGUGGAGGCAGUGACCAUGCUGGAGAACAACCCUUCUUACAACGCAGGCCGGGGGUCUGUGCUGAACGUGAAGGGUGAAGUGGAGAUGGACGCCAUCGUCAUGGACGGACGCACGCUGGCAAGCGGAGCUGUGUCGGCCGUCAGGCGGGUGGCUAACCCCGUGCAGCUUGCCAGGAUGGUCAUGGACAAGACCAACCACCUGUGUCUGACAGCUGAAGGGGCAUCGCAGUUUGCCAGGGCUAUGGGCAUCCCCGAGGUGCCAGAGGAGUCUCUCAUCACAGACUAUGCCAGGAUGCGCUGGAAGAAGAACCUGGCACCAGAUGCCAACCCGGUGGAGUGUCAAAUGGGUAAGAUGGGUACAGUGGGUGCGGUUGCCGUGGACGCUGAAGGCAACAUCGCCUGUGCCACCUCCACGGGGGGCAUGAUCAAUAAGAUGGAGGGUCGUGUCGGAGACACACCAUGCAUAGGAUGUGGAGGCUACGCCGAUAACAAGGUGGGAGCGGUCUCUCCGACAGGCCACGGGGAAGCCAUCAUGAAAGUCGUUCUCUCCAGGCUUAUCCUCUUCCACAUGGAGCAAGGGAAGUCAGCAGAGGAGGCGUCGGACCUGGGCCUGGCCUACAUGAAGGAGCGGGUGCAGGGUUUGGGCGGGGUGGUGACCGUUGACCCCAAGGGCAACUGGGCCGCACGCUUCAGCAGCCUACAAAUGGCAUGGGCGGCAGUGCAGAACGAACAGCUCCACUACGGCCUCUACAUCGGAGAACACUUCACCGAAUCAGCGUGCGAGCCAUCUUGAAACACUUAUUCUGUUGUCGCUACAGUAUGUUGGUUCGAAAAAUGAUGCACUGACAGUGUCUAAAAUUAAAUGCAAUCGGUGAUCUGCCUA